GCGGGGCGGAGGAGCGGAGGGAGAGGGGCGGCGAGGAGAAAGAUUGCGAGACCCCUGAAACACCUGCGAGACCCGAAACCAAAGACCGGCCGUGGGGGACCUGCGGCUCCGGGCGCGAGCGAGUUUUCUUGCGCUCGUGGGGAGCGCGCCCAGGGUUCGCCGCAUGGCCGGGACUCCGGGCCGCGAUCCUCGGGGAGGCCCCGGGAUUUGUUACCUUCUUGGCUCCCUGAUGGCUGGACUGCUCGCCCCGGGGGCUGUGGCCUUCAAUCUGGACGUGAUGGGCGCCCUGCGCAAGGAGGGCGAGCCGGGUAGCCUCUUCGGCUUCUCUGUGGCUCUGCACCGGCAACUGCAGCCCCGACCCCAGAGCUGGCUACUGGUGGGCGCUCCACAGGCGCUGGCUCUGCCUGGGCAGCAGGCGAAUCGCACUGGAGGCCUCUUCGCUUGCCCCCUGAGCCUGGAAGAGACUGACUGCUACAGAGUGGACAUUGACCGAGGAGCUGAUGUGCAGAAGGAGAGCAAGGAGAACCAGUGGUUGGGAGUCAGUGUUCAGAGCCAGGGACCUGGGGGCAAGAUUGUGACCUGCGCGCACCGAUACGAGGCUCGGCAGCGGGUGGACCAGAUCCUGGAGACCCGGGAUGUGAUCGGUCGUUGCUUUGUGCUAAGCCAAGACCUGGCCAUCCGCGAUGAGCUGGAUGGUGGGGAAUGGAAGUUCUGUGAGGGGCGCCCCCAGGGCCACGAGCAGUUUGGGUUCUGCCAGCAGGGCACAGCUGCUGCCUUCUCCCCCGACAGCCACUACCUCCUCUUUGGGGCCCCGGGAACCUAUAACUGGAAGGGCACUGCCAGGGUGGAGCUCUGUGCACAGGGCUCAGCGGACCUGGCACACCUGGACGACGGGCCCUACGAGGCGGGGGGUGAGAAGGAGCAGGACCCCCGCCUCAUCCCAGUCCCUGCCAACAGCUACUUUGGUUUCUCCAUUGACUCGGGGAAGGGUCUGAUGCGUCCAGAGGAGCUGAGCUUUGUAGCAGGGGCCCCUCGUGCCAACCACAAGGGUGCUGUGAUCAUUCUGCGCAAAGACAGUGCCAGCCGCCUGGUGCCUGAAGUUAUGCUGUCUGGGGAACGCCUGACCUCUGGCUUCGGCUACUCGCUGGCUGUGACUGAUCUCAACAAUGAUGGCUGGGCAGACUUGGUAGUGGGCGCCCCCUACUUCUUUGAACGCCAAGAAGAGCUGGGGGGUGCCGUGUAUGUGUACCUGAACCAGGGGGGUCACUGGGCUGGGGUCUCCCCUCUCCGGCUCUGUGGCUCUCCUGACUCCAUGUUCGGGAUCAGCCUGGCUGUCUUGGGGGACAUCAACCAAGAUGGCUUUGCAGAUAUCGCCGUGGGGGCUCCCUUUGAUGGGGAUGGGAAAGUCUUUAUCUACCACGGGAGCAGCCUGGGGGUUGUUGUCAAACCUUCCCAGGUGCUGGAGGGUGAGGCUGUGGGUGUCAAGAGCUUCGGCUACUCCCUUUCGGGGGGCCUGGAUGUGGAUGGGAACCAUUACCCAGACCUACUGGUUGGCUCCCUGGCUGACAUGGCUGUGCUCUUUAGGGCCAGACCUGUCCUUCAUGUGUCCCACGAGGUCUUCAUUGCUCCCCGAGCCAUCGACCUUGAGCAGCCUAACUGUGCUGCUGGCCACUCGGUCUGUGUGGACUUGAGGGUCUGUUUCAGCUACAUUGCCAGCCCCAGCAGCUACAGCCCUAUUGUGGCCCUGGAUUAUGUGUUAGAUGGAGACACAGACCGGAGGCUCCGGGGCCAGGUCCCCCGUUUGACCUUCCUGAGCCGUGGCCCAGAUGACCCCAAGCACCAGGCCUCAGGCACUGUGUGGCUGAAGCACCAGCAUGACCGAGUCUGUGGAGACACCAUGUUCCAGCUACAGGAGAAUGUCAAAGACAAGCUUCGGGCCAUUGUGGUGACGCUGUCCUACAAUCUGCAGACCCCACGACUUCGGCGACAGGCUCCUGGGCAGGGGCUUCCCCCAGUGGCCCCCAUCCUCAAUGCUCACCAGCCCAGCACCCAGCGGGCAGAGAUCCACUUCUUGAAACAAGGUUGUGGCGAAGACAAGAUCUGCCAGAGCAACCUGCAGCUGGUCCAUGCCCGCUUCUGUGCCCGCGUCAGUGACACGGAAUUCCAGCCUCUGCCCAUGGAUGCAGAUGGGACAACAGCCCUGUUUGCCCUGAGCGGGCAGCCAGUCAUUGGCCUGGAGCUGACAGUCACCAACCUGCCCUCGGAUCCAGCCCAGCCCCAGGCUGAUGGGGAUGAUGCUCAUGAAGCCCAGCUCCUGGUCACCCUCCCUGCCUCUCUGCACUACUCAGGAGUCCGAGCCCUGGACCCUGCGGAGAAGCCGCUCUGCCUGUCCAAUGAGAAUGCCUCCCAUGUCGAGUGUGAGCUGGGGAACCCCAUGAAGAGAGGUGCCCAGGUCACCUUUUACCUGAUCCUUAGCACCUCAGGGAUCACUAUCGAGACCACAGAGCUGGAAGUGGAGCUGCUAUUGGCCACGAUCAGCGAACAGGAGUUUCAUCCCAUCUCUGUCCGAGCGCUUGUCUUCAUUGAGCUGCCGCUGUCCAUCACUGGGGUGGCUAUUCCCCAGCAGCUCUUCUUCUCUGGUGUGGUGCGGGGCGAGAGUGCCAUGAAGUCCGAGCGGGAUAUAGGCAGCAAGGUCAAGUAUGAGGUCACGGUCUCCAACCAAGGCCAGUCGCUGAACACCCUGGGCUCUGCCUUCCUGAACAUCAUGUGGCCCCACGAGAUAGCCAACGGGAAGUGGCUGCUGUACCCCAUGCGGGUGGAGCUGGAGGGCGGGCAGGGGCCCAGGCAGAAGGGGCUCUGCUCCCCGAGGCCCAACAUCCUCCAACUGAAUGUGGACAGCAAGGACAGGAGGAGGCGGGAACUGGAGCAGCCUGAGCAGGAGGAGCCGCCCGAGCCGCUGGAGCCCAGCACAUCCUGGUGGCCGGUGUCCUCCUCCGAGAAGAAGAAAAACAUCACCCUGGACUGUGCCCGGGGCACUGCCAGCUGCGUGGUGUUUAGCUGCCCUCUCUACAGCUUUGACCGUGCCGCUGUGUUGCAUGUCUGGGGCCGCCUCUGGAAUAGCACCUUCUUGGAGGAGUACUCAGCUGUGAAGUCCCUGGAAGUCAUCGUCCGAGCCAACAUCACCGUGAAGUCUUCUAUCAAGAACUUGCUGCUCAGAGAUGCCUCCACAGUGAUCCCCGUGAUGGUUUACCUGGACCCUGUGGCCGUGGUGGCAGAAGGAGUCCCCUGGUGGGUCAUCCUCCUGGCCGUCCUGGCCGGGUUGCUGGUGCUGGCGCUGUUGGUGCUUCUCAUGUGGAAGAUGGGAUUCUUCAAGCGGGCGCGGUACCCCGAGGCCACUGUGCCCCAGUACCACGCGGUGAAGAUCCCGCGGGAAGACCGGCAGCAGUUCAAGGAGGAGAAGACAGGCACCAUCCUGAGGAACAACUGGGGCAGCCCCCGGCGGGAGGGCCCUGAUGCGCACCCCAUCCUGGCUGCUGAUGGGCACCCUGAGCUGGGCUCCGAUGGGCAUCCCGUGUCGGGCACCGCCUAA